CAUUCAGCUCAGAUAGGCGGAAGUACUCGUACUAGGGAGAGAUUGCUAAUAAAUAUUUUCGUGUAUGGCAGUGUAGUAUUACUCAGUGAGAAAUGUUAAUUGUCAUAUGAAAUGUAUAAUUGUAUUCGUGGAAGGUCUCCGUUAACAUAAGGCUUACGAAUGUCCUUGACACUGACAGCCAUGAGUGACAGUGCAGUGACCAGCAGCCAGCAGCAGUGGUCAGGGUCUGGGCAAACGCGGCGGCCUUCCCAGGGCCCCUACAUUUCUGUCAUUGCCAACAGAACCACUAACCUGGUGAUCCGAGGGGCCAUGCUGUUCUCUGUGGGCGUCUUCCUGGCCCUGGUGCUGAAUUUACUUCAAGUGCAGAGAAACGUCACCCUCUUUCCCCCUGAUGUCAUCAGCAGUAUCUUCUCUUCAGCCUGGUGGGUGCCGCCCUGUUGUGGCACAGCCUCAGCAAUGAUCGGGCUAUUGUACCCCUGCAUCGACAGACAUCUGGGUGAGCCACACAAGUUCAAGCGGGAAUGGUCCAGCGUAAUGCGCUGUGUGGCUGUGUUUGUCGGCAUCAACCAUGCCAGUGCUAAAGUGGACUUUGCCAACAACAUCCAGCUGUCUCUGACACUGGCAGCACUCUCCAUUGGUCUGUGGUGGACAUUCGACCGCUCCCGCAGUGGUUUUGGCCUGGGAGUCAGCAUUGCCCUGCUGGCAACACUGGCCACCCAACUCCUGGUUUACAAUGGAGUCUUUCAGUAUACUUCUCCAGAUUUCCUUUACAUUCGCUCCUGGCUACCUUGUAUCUUCUUUGCGGGGGUGAUAACUAUGGGAAACAUAGGACGGCAGCUAGCCUUGUAUGAAUAUAAAUUCAUUCAGGAAAAGACCCAUCAAGACUAAGGAAUCUCUUGGCUCCAUCAGGCCUCUGCACCAACCUGAAGGCAAAGACAGGUUAUCAGAGAACAUCUGCAUGCAGCAUAGACUGGGACUGGCUGGCCCUCGACAAGCCAGUCAGGCAUGUCAAAUGAGCCCUGAGCACCUGAUUGGCUGCCUGGUGCUUUCUGCAGGACAGUAUUUUUGAUUUGGUUGGGCCAUUCGGAGCAUGGAGCGGUCACUGGCUACAUUCUAACUGGAGCUGAUGUGAAUGCUGAGAGUUGAGUUUGUUGUGUUUUUUCUUUGGUGCAGUUUAUCUCUACUUGCCUGGGAAGGGAUUAGCAGCGAAGCAUCUAUCGUUCUUCAGAUCAGCUCAGAUAUUUGAAACCUUUGGCUCCAUUGUGCCAAACACAGUCACACAGGGGAUCAGUUUUAAACUCUGUACUUAUCGCCUGAUUCUUUUACAACCUUCACGUAUCAGUGGAGAACAUGCAGCCUAGUUAAUUUAUAUCUAGAAAAAUAUGCUUUUUUUUUUUUUUUACCUUUUAUUGUAUGUAAUUAUAUUAUAUCUACAUUUAAAUUUUAUUGAUAAAGGAAUGACAUUGUUAAGUGUAUGUGCAAUGUUUACCUGCAGUGGGUAUUUCCACCAGCCACACUGACACAUAAAGUGUCACUGGCUCCAAAGAAUGAAGGGAUACAUGAAUGGAGAUUGCUUUCAUAUUGGCUGUGCAAACGUCUAAGGAUCUUGGUUGGAAAUUAAUGGUGCAUUUGCAAUUUACAGUAGGAAAGGAAAUGAGUUUCAUUCGCACAUGAACGGUGGUUUGAGUUUUAAGCACAUUAAGACAUUUUCAUUCGAAAUUCCACUUGUGUUUUUUAAAAAAUAUUUUCUUCAUUUCAGGGAGCAAUAUUUGUCCAACAUUUAUGAAAAUGGGCAAAAAGCAGUGUUCACUUCCCCCAACAGUACACCCAUCCCCCAAAAAUUGUUGGAUUACUUUGUUGGUUUGUUGGAUAAUUCACUACAAAAAUGUUAUGCUGCAAUUCACCUGCCCACAAAGAAAUAUAAUGUUUAGCAGUGUUAAAAGUCUGUUUAAAAAUCUGAAGUUCUUUACUGUAUUUUUUUUGGGGGGGUGGGUGGGGUGGAUGGAGAACCCUCCUGGUAUAAACUGAUAAACAAUAAAAUGUGCAUUAAAAAACAGGGAGCACUGGACAGAAUCAUUUAGGGGACAUUUUAAAUUUCUUUGUGAUAAAAUGUGUUUGAUAGAAUUAGAACUACAGCAUUUAAAACAACCAAUAAAAACAGUGUUUUUGUAAUAUUUCAUGAUGUAGGUUAGAUUACAUGAAAAACAAGAUAGGGAAACUUUCCUAAUGCAUUUUUUGGGGUAGCAUGUUUUAUAUCAGCACUGUAGCAACUGUAACUUUUGUCCAAAUGAGACAUUGUUAUAAUGCCUUUAGGAUGAAUUGUAUAGUGGUUAAACAGGGAUUAAUGGUUCCACUCAUUUGAGCAACCUCUGAAACCUGAAGAUGUGCACUUUGUUUUGGUGUAAUAAAGACCAUGACCUUUUGGUAA